CCAUCCUUCGCUCCCUUGUCAGUCCCGGUACCUGCUCCGGGUGGUCCUGAGGGCCUGCGGCCAGGGGCGGCCCCGAAGGCAGGAGGCGGAGGGGAAGCAGGAGUAAUGGAGUCUAAAGAGGAACAAGUGGUCAAAGAUCUCCAUGCCAACCAGGGAAAUGAAGAAAAAGAUGAAAAGGAGCAAGACACUAAUAAGGGGGAGCCCUUGACCCUCCCUUUGGAUGCUGGUGAAUACUGUGUGCCUAAAGGAAAUCGUAGGCGAUUCCGUGUUAGGCAGCCCAUCCUGCAGUAUAGAUGGGACAUGAUGCAUAGGUUUGGAGAGCCACAGGCAAGGAUGAGAGAAGAGGAUAUGGAAAGGAUUGGGGAGGAGGUGAGACAGCUGAUGGAGAAGCUGAGGGAGAAACAGUUGUGUCAUAGUCUUCGGGCAGUGAGCACUGACCCCCCUCAUCAUGACCAUCAUGAUGAAUUUUGCCUUAUGCCCUGAGUCCUGAUGUUCUUCCUGAAGUUAAUAGGGAAAUCCCUGCUUACUAAACUUACAUAUUUGUGGUGUACCCUUGUUGUAAGCCUUUUGGUGUUACUUGUUUCUUGUGGGUCUCCUAUUGCCAGCUUCUAAUUGAAUGUUGUGUUUGACCCAGUCUGUAAGACUUUUGUUAGCAGAAGAAUUUUACCUAUUGCAUGGAAAGAUGCUCAUUAUAUAUUGUAAAGUUAAUAAAGCAGUUUAAAAAAGCA